CGGAGCGAGGGCUGCCUUGGCUGCGCAGCGUGAUUGAUUUUCUGCUUUUCUUCUAAACUCUUCUUCCAGGGAGAGGCUAGUGGGAACAGGCCGAGCUGGAUGGAUGGGUAUGGGGAGAGGGGCAGGACGAUCAGCCCUGGGAUUCUGGCCGACCCUCGCCUUCCUGCUCUGCAGCUUCCCCGAUGGCAUCCUGUGCCUGCCCCUGGCCCUGGCCCACCACGGGGCCUCCUGCCCGGAGGAGCCCUCAGUUGCCUGGCUGGCAGCCCUGUUCGCCGUGGACCUGGCUCCCAGUGGCCGCCGUGGGAGCUGGGGGAGGGUGUCCACUUUGUCAGCGGAGGUUAAGGAAGGUGGCGUCGGCUGUCGCCGGCGAAAAAGCCACGCCAUCACCUGGGUGUGGUCCUCUCGGUGUCCGAUGCCAAACACCUGCAUGCUGACGUCAGGGCGAUGGGUGUUCCGAGUGUGCCGCGUCCUUGCUGGCAAUUAUCCGGGGCCCCUGAUCAACUGGAUCGAGUCGGAAGUCCUCAGGCUGCCGGCUGAGAGCUCGGCGGCUUUCGCUGUGUCCCCGUCAGCAGGAGGUGCACCGGUCCCGCUAGAGGCCCAGGAGGGACAGGGUCAGCGUUGGAGCUACACAGACUCGGAUGUCAGGCAGACGGGGCCUGUGGUCACAGCUUCCCCGCAGCUCACCAUCAUCUUCAAGAACUUCCAGGAGUGCGUGGACCAGAAGGUGUACCAGGCCGAGAUGGACGAGCUGCCGGCCGCCUUCGCCGACGGCUCCAAGAACGGCGGGGACAAGCACGGGGCCAAUAGCCUGCGGAUCACGGAGAAGGUGUCGGGCCAGCACGUGGAGAUCCAGGCCAAGUACAUCGGCACCACCAUCGUGGUGCGCCAGGUGGGCCGCUACCUGACGUUCGCCGUGCGCAUGCCCGAGGAGGUGGUGCACGCGGUCGAGGACCGGGACAGCCAGGGCCCCGCCGCCCCCGACACCUUCCCCUACGAGACGGCCGUGGCCAAGUGCAAGGAGCGGCUGCCCGUGGAGGACCUGUACUACCAGGCCUGCGUCUUCGACCUGCUCACCACGGGCGACGUGAACUUCACGCUGGCCGCCUACUACGCCCUGGAGGACGUCAAGAUGCUCCACUCCGACAAGGACAAGCUGCACCUGACUGGGUUAUCCAAACCAAAAAUCCACGGAUAUCACCUACAACAAAACCUGGCAACCAGUGUUUCCUUCAAGUCCAAAAUUUGA